GCGAAGAUGGCGGACGUAGGCAUGGAAAGUGACUCUAAAACGGCGGAUAAAGAUGGUUUACAGAGUCAGAAGGAACUCGUGGACCAGCUCUUUUAUUUCAGAGACCAUUACUUUGAGACCCAUGGAGUAGAGGAUGCUGGGAAAAAGCAGAGUGAUGUCAUAGAGGAAAUGGAAAAGACCCUGAAGAGACUUGAAGAAAAGGAAGAGAGGUACAGGCACAGUGCAGAGUAUCUGCUGUUGCGAGGCCGGUGUCUGAGUGUGACUCCGGGCUUCAGCGAGGUGGCGGAGGAGAGUCUGUCCCGGGCGGUGAAGCUGGACCCUGGGCUGGUGGAGGGCUGGAACACCCUGGGGGAACAGUACUGGAAGAAGGGAGAUCUGAUCGGGGCCAAGACCUGCUUCACCGGAGCUCUGCAGCAGUGUAAGAAUAAAGUGUCCUUGCGCAGUCUAUCCAUGGUGUUGCGGCAGCUGCCAGCAGGGGGCGCUGAUGAGCACGGCCAGCGGGUGCUGGAGAGUGUGGACAUGGCCAGGCAGGCAGUGCAGCUCGAUGUGACUGACGGCACGUCCUGGUACAUUCUGGGGAACGCCUACAUCUCACUCUUCUUCACCAGCGGCCAGAAUCCACAAGUGUCUCAGCAAGCCAUGAGUGCCUACGCCCAGGCCGAGAAAGUGGACAGAACAGCGUCCUCCAACCCUGACCUGCACUUCAAUAGAGCCACGCUCUUCCAGUAUGAGGAGAUGUAUGGCUCUGCACUGGCUGGGUACAGCCGUGCCGCUGCCCUGGACCCCGCCUGGCCGGAGCCUCCGGAGAGAGAGCAACAGCUUCUGGACUACCUGGAGCGGCUGACCACCCUUAUGGAGAGCAAGGGGAAGGUGAAGGCGCGGAAACUGAGGUCCAUGCUGUCGUCUCUCAGCGAUUCGGCGCUGGGACCCUGCUCCUCCCCGCAGUACCGCGCUCCCUCAGGCCGCACCGGAAGCCUGGAGCCCCGGUGCCUGACUGGCCUCUCGCACGGCCACAACCCUGGGGUGGCCGCCCUGGGGAAGGUGGUGUUCAGCCUGGCUCCCGAGGGCCGCAUGGCCUUCACCUUCGGGAUGGUCGACAGGGAGGAGGUGUGCAGUGUGGUCAUGGUGUACAACACAGCAGACAGCUGGGGCGUGUUGAUUGGCGACACUGUGGUCAUCCCCGAACCCCAGGUCAAACGCCACAGCGUCGCACACAAAGACCGGUCGUUUGAUUUCCGUAGCAUCCGGGUGGACUCGCCGCUGCUGCUGCUGGUGAACGGGAAGAGGCAGGCAGCUCGCAGCCAGAGUGCCGCGUCCGUCAGCUACAGGCCCCAGAGCGAGUGAGCGGCUGCUCCCACCGCGAGCCAGAGCAGGGCAAGCUGCACUGCCUCUGUGGAAUGGUACAGUCCGAGCGCCCAGCCAGCGGAGGGGGGAGUGCGAAUGUGAAGGGCCAGAAAGAGUGGAGUCAGGGAAGGGGGAAGGAAGAGGAGGACAGAAAGACAGGA